AUUCGUGAUACUACCUAUUUACUAUAUUUUACUGUAAAAUAUAAUUAUUACUUAUUUGAUAUUCAAUAAUUCGCCUUUCCCUAUUUUAGCGUAUUGUUUAAAAUUUUUUGUUUUAUUAGUAUUUACUAGUUGUUACUUGUUAGGAACAUAAUAUGGUUGACAGUUAUUAAAUAUAAUUAAAAUGAUUACAAAAUAUCAGGUAAAAUGUCUUCUGCAACAAUUGGUAUUGGUGCUAUUAUUUUAAUUGGACUCUGGUCGUCUUCUUUUAUAUUGUGUCUUCUAUCUCUUCGAACACGUCAUAGUAUUGGACCAAUUGUUUUGGUAUCUACAAUCAUUAUAACAAUUAUAAUACUUUCAAUACCUCGAAGUUCAGUAGAUACACCUAAACCAGAUAUUAAGAUUGUAGAUCCAUUGUUUGUUUGGCGUUUAACAACUCUGAGUGUACUAUCUAUAAGUACAGCAAUAGGAUUAGCAGCAUUGUUUUCUUCACAUGUUAUGAGUCGCAAAACUGUACCGCAACUUAAAUCUUGGGUGCUUUAAGUUAUUACACAAAACUUUGUUAUAAACUUAUAAUAAUGUCUUUCAAUCGCUUUCGUUAUUUGGAAAAAGUCCAUCAAACAACUAAACGAUCAAUGUCAGUUGGUCGUGUGUAUCGUAAAUCAUUUACAGUAUGUGGUAGUGAAGACUUUAUACAGAAUGUGUUAAAAAGUGAUAUGCCUGUGAUUGUCAACUUCCAUGCAGAAUGGUGUGAACCUUGUUUAACAUUAACACCAUUGUUAAAAAAGAUGGUUGGAGACUCACCAUCUGUACAUUUAGCAAUAGUGGAUGUGGAAAAAAAUGCUGAUUUGGUUCAUACAUUUGAGGUAAAAGCAGUUCCAGCUGUUUUAGCCAUUCGCGAUGGUCAUGUCAUUGACAAAUUUAUUGGGCUUAUUGACAAUGAUAUGAUCGAUGAAAUGGUGAAAAAAAUAUCUAAACCAGAAGAUGUAUAGACAUAAUGAUAAUUUAUUAUGAAAUAUAAAUUGUAUAAAAUCAUUAUAUUGUGACACAUUAUAUUAAUAUAUCUUUAAUUGUAGUGUAUUACUAGCUCGCUUUUAAACCAGUUUAAAAAUAAAACAUUAAUCUUUUUAAUACUAAUUAUUCCCAAUUAUAAUAAAAAAAUUGAAUAUUAUUUCAUUUUGAAAUCUAGCUUAUAACUUAUAGUAACCAGUGACAUAUUUAUGGAGAAGAGGGAGUGAUAUGGAUGUUAGAACACCCCCUAUCGGCUGUAUGUAUUAUGUAGUAGUUGUUGUUUUAAUAUUAGUAUUAUUUAUUUUAUGUGCUUUAGAAUAAAAGUUUCAUACAACUUAACAUACUUAUUAUAAUAAUUUAUAUCAAUAUAUAGUUUUUGUUAAAGUAUUAUCGCCCCAACCUUUCAUGACUAUUGAAUGUUAAAACACCCCUGUAAAAUGAAUCCUGGAUACUCCACUGCAUUCAACAUUAAUUUUUUUUUCUAGUCACUAUUAUAUUGUUUGUUUUAUAUUAAUAUUAAAAUAUUUUAAAAUAAUUUGUGUGUUUAUGUAAAUAUCAACAAACGUGUAUUAGUAAUUUUAUUUUAUUUUUUUUAUAUAUUCAUUUAAAUAUUGCAUUUACUUGUAUUAUAAUUUAUACUUAGUAUAGUAAUUAUAUAACUUUGAUUAGUUGCACUAAUGGUACAAUGUGAGAUUUACCGAAUUCUAAAUAAUAAAAAUUUUCAUUUUUUCUGUGAGUAUUUCUAAAUAAUAUAAUUAUUAUAAUGAAAAGAUUUUUUCAUUUAUACCUAUGUAUAGUAGAACCUUGAUUAUCCAAGGUAAUGAUUGGGGGUUAUACUUAUAAAUAAAAACUAUGGUUGAUUGAGA